CAGGUUACUAGUGUAUGAAUAUGUGAACAAUGGUAAUUUGGAACAAUGGCUACAUGGGACUAUGAGCCAAAAAGGGAUACUUACCUGGGAAGUGCGGAUGAAAGUUAUAAGUGGCACAACCAAAGCGUGACUAUGGAGAAAAAUGAGAUGGUGGAGGAGAAUUAUGUUCUGAAAAGUCAAAUUGAGAAAAUUACAGGUGAAAUAGAAGCAAGAGUGGUCCAGGGUGGACAUAACAUGAUGAAUCCAUUUCCACAACUAGAAAAGAUUACAAAGUUUUUAGGGGAGAAUCUGCAAUUGUCCAGUACAAAAGCAACAGUGCAACAAGGACAUGCAAUUUUUUAUCACUAUUUAAAUUUGUAA